AUGUUAGGACGCCUGAUACCACACAUUCCAAUUGUGCUGGCGUAUCCAACCGUUCUGCUGUCCAGCAAUCUAAUAAUAUCCGUGAAGAAUGCUGGAGGUUUUGACAACGGAAGGAUAGAGAGAGCAGUGGACGCUCUGGUAGUGCCGCUAUUCUGUGCGUCGCUCAUGACACUGUUGAGCAAUAGCAUCAAUGGUCUCCAAAAUCUGCCCAUGGCCUUUUACGUUGCGUACGUCAGUUUUGUAUUGAACGCCAUUUUGGGCCACGCGCAAACGGCGGUCAUCUCAGCGCUAUUGGUGCAGCUGGUCAGCGGCCAUAACCGCCUAUCGGCGCUUCACUGUGCGUUCCCUGUUUUGAGUCUUCUGAUCAAAUAUUUAGAAGGCCAGAGCUACUGGCAGAGCGCAGUUGGCUACUUCGUAAUUGCGGCGACGCUGACGUUGAAAAAUUGGUUGAGUAGAAAAGCACUAAAUGGAGCCUCGAGCUCGAGAGUGAUUCUUUGCGGGAUUUUAUUCGUCACCGGUUUCUUCCUGUUUGCUUCGGGAAUGCAGUCUCCAGAUAGUCCUCACAGUAUAUGGGGCGAUAGCAUGUCGGUUCAGUUUUCCAUGAUAUUUGUAUUUACUGGGUCGUUGGUCGUUUUUUUGGUAAGCUGGAAAGACUCGAGCGAGGAAAGCAGUGGUGAGGACAUCCUGGGCCUCUGGAGGUCGUACUAUCUACCCUCGACUUUAGGUGUCAUGACCAUUCUUCUGCAGUAUCUUUCCUUCGAGUCUUUGACUUCCACACCCGUCGCAGAUUUGGUACUGGCGUUAUUCGUAGCGUGCGGCAGCGUAAUUUCGAAAUUAACAGGUGUUGGAGAUCAGAGCGGUCGGAUAGAGAAAAAAUCGGAUGACAACAUCGUCUCAGGUGGGGACGACCUUUCCGGUGGACAUGAGAAUCACCACUGCCAUGAUCACGGUCAUCAUAACGGCCACCAUGCCACGACCGGAAAGACACCGCCUGAAAAAGUAGGACUAUUUUCCGAAAUGGCAAGGAAUGAAGAUACCAGAUCCAUCUUUUCUUUUCUGCUCCUAAACACGGCAUUCAUGCUUAUCCAGCUACUCUACUCAUUCCGCUCUAAAUCAUUGGGGUUACUCUCGGAUUCGCUACAUAUGGCCCUGGAUUGCACUUCCUUGUUUUUGGGCUUAGUAGCGGGCGUUCUAUCCAAAAGACAAGCUACAGACAGGUUUCCUUUUGCCUUAGGCCAUUUGGAAACUCUCGCUGGAUUCACAAACGGGAUUUUAUUACUGGCUAUUGUCGGAGGUAUUCUGGUCGAAGCAUUUGACAGAAUAUUCAAUCCUACGAUGUUGAAAGAAACCACCGAACUACUUAUCGUAUCAUUCCUAGGCCUAAUUGUAAACUUGGUGGGUCUAUUUGCCUUUGAUCACGCAGAACAUUGCCAUCACCAUUCAAACGAAAACAUGAGAGGCAUUUUUCUCCACAUUCUUGCCGACACACUGGGCUCUGUUGGUGUUGUCAUUUCAACACUUUUAACGAAGUUCUUCGGCUUGGCUAUCUUCGAUCCAAUCGCGUCUAUGCUAAUUGCAAUCUUGAUCCUGUUCAGUUCCAUGCCGCUGAUAAAAUCAACAGCAUCGAUAAUUUUGUUGAAACUUGACGACAAGACGAACGUCAUCAUCAAAGACGCCUUGAAUCAGAUAGCCACGACACCUGGUAUUACAGGGUAUACGACACCAAGGUUUUGGCCCUCCGGCGGUAGCCCCAGUUCAGGACACGGACACCAUCACAGUCAUCAUGAUCAUAAUCAUGAACAUGAUGACCCUCAUAGCGCACAUUCACACGGUUCAAAGUGUUCCCAUAGUACGCACUCAUACAAUGAUGAGGACUCUCACGGACAUUCUCACAAUCACGAUCACUCGCAUAAAGGUCACACCAAAGAUCAUCAUCACGAAGAGCAGGAAGUAAAGUUGAUCGGAUACAUUCACGUUCAAUAUCUCGAGGGCGAAAACUCCACGAUUAUCAAAAAAAGAGUUGAAAAGAUAUUCGAGACCCUGGGCAUCAAGGCUUGGAUACAAGUCGAGAGCAGGGAUUCGCCAUGUUGGUGUCGGACAACAUUAACAAGUUAA